AUGCAGGCACCUGUUCCCAAUGCUGUGUGUGUGUCAGCGUCAGCUCAGAGGAUCCACGCCAGCUCAGCCACCUACCUGGCCCUGAUGAAGGACUGUGUCUACGAGCUCCAUCUGAGAGGAGAGACCGAGGUGAAGAGCUUGAAACAGCUUCUGGAGGAGGAGAGUCGUUUACCAUAUUACGCGUCGGAGGAGAUGGGGGUGGAUGGAAAAGACUUGAAUACAGAGAACAUCGCGGAAGAGGUGCCUCCUUGGGACUCCGAAGACGCAAGGAAUUCUGCGCUGACGGGAAAGGAGGACGUAAUUGCGCGUCUUCUCAAUGACAUUAUGACGACCCCCAAGCGCUCGUGGAGCCGGUUCAAGAAGGGUGGACUGAGAAGCUGCUUCGGCGUCAGGCUAGAGCGAAUUGGGUCAUUCAGGUUUGGGCUGUUGAUCAGAGCACAAGAAACGACCCUUACUUGA